GGUCACCCUUCCAGUGUCGCCAAGGUCUCCCUGGUCACCGGGUGACCAGGGCCAGCGUGCAGUGGGCUGCCGUAGCACCCUGGACAGCGCGUCCAGGCAGAGGCGGGCUGGAAGCGCCUGUGGCUGGGGCAGCCGGGCGCCGGCACGCCUCCCUCCCCCGCAUCUGACUCGCGCUAGAACGCACAGCCUCACACCUCACGAUCCAACGCCUCCAUUUCCCCUCCGUCACUCCCUCAUCUCCCCACCAAGCUCCCUCUCCCUAAAAUUCUCCUGGGCCCUUUCUACUUUUCCAAUCUCCCGACUGCGAAGAUCCUGGCGACUUCCCCCAUUGAAGCCCGGCGAACAGCAACAGCCAGCCGCGUCCCUAUCCCCUGACUCGAACACACGCACGAGCACUGGCACACGCAGACAGCACGUUUCCUGUCCCUGUGUGACACCCACCCUCGUCGCGCGGACGCGCCAGUCCCCGCACGUUGCCCUCCUCCUGACACACACACACACACACACACACACACACACACUCACACGCACGCACGCACGCGCGUGCAGGGUCGAGCCGAAGGCAGUUCUCCCGCAGCCACUCGGAAGGCGACUGGCGCCAGUCUUGCAGAACCCAUGGCCUCUCCCGGCUCUGGCUUUUGGUCCUUCGGAUCUGAAGAUGGCUCCGGGGAUCCUGAGAACCCGGGUACAGCGAGAGCUUGGUGCCAGGUAGCUCAAAAGUUCACCGGCGGCAUCGGAAACAAGCUGUGCGCUCUGCUCUAUGGAGACUCUGAGAAGCCGGCGGAGAACGGCGGGAGCGUGACCCCGCGGGCCGCCACCCGGAAGGCCGCCUGCACCUGCGACCAAAAACCCUGCAGCUGCCCCAAAGCGGAUGUCAACUACGCGUUUCUGCACGCAACAGACCUGCUGCCAGCCUGUGAUGGAGAGAGGCCCACUCUGGCAUUCCUCCAAGAUGUUAUGAACAUUUUGCUUCAGUAUGUGGUGAAAAGUUUUGAUAGAUCAACUAAAGUAAUUGAUUUCCACUACCCCAACGAGCUCCUGCAAGAGUAUAAUUGGGAAUUAGCAGACCAACCACAAAAUUUGGAGGAAAUUUUGACGCAUUGCCAAACAACUCUAAAAUAUGCAAUUAAAACAGGGCAUCCCCGAUAUUUUAAUCAGCUGUCUACUGGAUUGGAUAUGGUUGGGUUAGCAGCAGACUGGCUGACAUCAACAGCAAACACCAACAUGUUCACCUACGAGAUUGCUCCUGUAUUUGUGCUAUUAGAAUACGUCACACUAAAGAAAAUGAGAGAAAUCAUUGGCUGGCCAGGGGGCUCUGGAGAUGGAAUAUUUUCUCCUGGUGGCGCCAUCUCCAACAUGUAUGCCAUGCUUAUUGCCCGCUAUAAGAUGUUUCCGGAAGUCAAGGAGAAAGGAAUGGCUGCAGUACCCAGGCUCAUCGCCUUCACAUCAGAGCAUAGUCACUUUUCUCUCAAGAAGGGAGCUGCAGCCUUAGGAAUCGGGACAGACAGCGUGAUUCUGAUUAAGUGUGAUGAGAGAGGAAAAAUGAUCCCAUCUGAUCUUGAAAGAAGAAUCCUUGAAGUCAAACAGAAAGGAUUUGUUCCUUUCCUUGUGAGCGCCACAGCUGGAACCACUGUGUAUGGGGCUUUUGAUCCCCUCUUGGCUGUUGCUGACAUUUGCAAAAAGUAUAAGAUCUGGAUGCACGUGGAUGCAGCUUGGGGUGGAGGAUUACUGAUGUCCCGGAAACACAAGUGGAAACUGAGCGGAGUGGAGAGGGCCAACUCUGUGACGUGGAAUCCACACAAGAUGAUGGGUGUCCCUUUGCAGUGCUCAGCUCUCCUGGUUAGAGAAGAGGGACUGAUGCAGAGCUGCAACCAGAUGCAUGCUUCCUACCUCUUUCAGCAAGAUAAACACUAUGACCUGUCCUAUGACACCGGGGACAAGGCCUUGCAGUGUGGACGCCACGUGGAUGUCUUUAAAUUAUGGCUCAUGUGGAGAGCAAAGGGGACUACUGGGUUUGAAGCACAUAUUGAUAAGUGUUUGGAGCUGGCCGAGUACUUAUACAAUAUCAUAAAAAACCGGGAAGGCUAUGAAAUGGUGUUUGACGGGAAGCCUCAGCACACAAAUGUGUGUUUCUGGUUUGUGCCUCCCAGUCUGCGUGUCCUGGAAGACAAUGAAGAGAGAAUGAGCCGCCUCUCCAAGGUGGCGCCGGUGAUUAAAGCCAGAAUGAUGGAGUACGGGACCACAAUGGUCAGCUACCAACCCCUGGGAGACAAGGUCAACUUCUUCCGCAUGGUCAUCUCAAACCCUGCAGCAACUCACCAAGACAUUGACUUCCUCAUUGAAGAAAUCGAACGCCUGGGACAAGAUUUGUAAUCACCUCACUCAUCAAACUGUUUGAAUUCUCUAGGUAGACAGUUAAGUAGUCACAAACUGUGUAAAUGUAUUUGUAGUUGUUCCAAAGUAAAACUAUUUCUAUAUUGUGGUGUCACAGUAGAGUACAGUUUAAAAAAUCAAAACAAACAAACAAACGAAAGAAACAUCACUCCUUUUAAAAGUCCUUUCUUAAGUUUAGAAUAUUUCUGUAAUAAUUAGUGACAAGAGGCUAUGUUCUAAUCAGUAAGAGAAAGCAUAAAGUUGUUAUAAAUACUUCCCUUUUAAUGUAGUAUGCCAAUCCACCUUUAUUUUCAGUUCAGAGCAGUAGUACUGAAUAGUGCCAAAUCACCCUUGAAUCAUAAAAGGUUCUCUGGGGUGCCGUGAAAAGGACAAAGUAAAUAGAAAAUGUACACUGACAAUAAAAACUCUUGCCUUUUUCAUAGUAUUAGAAAAAAAUUUCUAAUUUACCUAGAGCAACAUUUCAAAUGUAUUUA